AUCGGCAGAAAAAAAAAAGAUCAAAAAAAAAAGGCUACUGGCGUCGCAUCCAGAAAAUCCGGCGCCAAUUGUUGUGCAGUUUCGACGGUCACCAACAACCUCUCGUCCACAUCCCACAAUGGGUCCGCAAUUAGCAAGCCGGAAGCGAAAGCUCCCCUCGAAAGCCGUCGAGGAGUCGGACGACGAGAUUAUUGACGGUCUUCUCGAUGGCGCCCUCUCCCAAAGCGAGGACGACGAUGAAGCAGACGAAUCCGAGCCAGGGGAGGGCGAGGGGGAGGAUGAUGAAGAGGAUGCGACUUCGGACCUGGAAGAGGAGGACUCCUUCAAACGGGCCUUGAAAGGUGCAGAAGCUUUGGAAGAUGGCGCAACAAACGGGGCAGGGGAUGAGGACGACGACGACCGGCCAAACUACAGGAUAGUCGAAGAUGCAAAUGGCGGAGUGCGCUACGUCUACGAUGAGAUCGAUCCAGUCUACGACUCGGACGACACGGAUGCGCGGGGAGGAGAGAACACCAUUGGCAACAUCCCGCUCUCCUUCUACGAUGCAUACCCGCACAUCGGCUACACUAUCGACGGCAAAAAGCUCAUGCGCCCGGCUGAGCGAAAGCAGGCGCUGGACUCAUUACUGGAGAGCAUCGAGAUCCCCAAGGGCUGGACUGGCCUGACGGAUCCCACCACCGGCCAACCGCUGAACCUCAGCCAGGAUGAGCUGGAGCUGCUCAAGCGUGUGCAAAUGAACGAGAUCCCAGAGGAGGGCUACGAUCCGUAUCCCGACACGGUCGAGUACUUCACAGGAAUCGAGGAGAAAAUGCCCCUGAGCGCCGCCCCUGAGCCCAAGCGGAGGUUCCUCCCGUCCAAGCACGAAGCCAAGCGCGUCAUGAAGCUGGUCCGCGCCAUCAGGGAAGGCCGUAUUGCUCCGUACAGGCCGCCCGAGGAGCGCGAGAAGGAGGAUGCCGAGGAAGAGGAGAAGUACUACGAUGUCUGGCAAGAUGAGCAGCCCCGGGCCGAACAUGUGAUGCAUAUACCUGCACCAAAGCUACCCCCACCCGGCUACGACAUGAGCUACAACCCGCCGCCCGAGUAUGUCCCCACCAAGGCAGAGAGGGAGGCGUGGGAGAAGCUGGAGCCGGAAGAUAGGGAGAAGGAAUACCUACCACAAAAGUACGAUUCGCUCAGGAAGGUGCCAGGCUACGAGACCCUGGUCAAGGAGCGCUUCGAGCGCUGCCUGGAUCUCUACCUCGCCCCCAGGGUACGGAAAAACAGGUUAAACAUUGACCCCAACUCGCUGCUGCCGAAGCUGCCGCGUCCCGAGGACUUGAGGCCGUUCCCGACGGUGUGCCAGAUGAUAUUCAGGGGCCACGAUGGCCGGGUCAGGUCGGCGGCCGUGGACCCGACGGGUCUGUGGCUGGCCACAGGCGGCGACGACGGGACGAUCCGCAUCUGGAUGAUCAACCCGUCGCGCCUCGUGUGGAGCGUCAAGGUUAGUAGCGACGAGCCCGUGAGCGCCGUGCGCUGGCGGCCCAAUCGCGACACCAUGGUCCUGGCGGCGGCGGCGGGCGAGGAGGUGUUCCUCAUGGUGCCGCCAGACAUCGACCCAGAGGUCGAGCAGGCCAGCCGGGCAGUCUUGGACGCCGGAUUCGGCUACGCGGCCACCAACGGCAGCGGCAGCAACCAGAUGACGGCCGACGGCAAGCAGCCAGCGGCCAAGUGGGCACGCCCAGGCGCGCGGCUCGAGGACGAGGGCGUGCUGCUCAAGGUGACGGUGCGAUCGCCCGUAAAGGUCAUCAGCUGGCAUAGGCGCGGCGACCACUUCUGUACCGUGUCGCCGACGGGCCAGCGCAGCUCGGUGGCGGUGCACACGCUCUCGCGACACCUGACGCAGAUCCCGUUCCGGCGGCUGGCGGGCCUCGCGCAGGUGGCGCACUUCCACCCGACGCGGCCGCUCUUCUUCGUGGCGACGCAGCGGGCUAUCCGCUGCUACGACCUGCAGCGCCUCGAACUCGUGAAGGUGGUGCAGCCGGGCGCCCGUUGGAUCUCUUCCUUCGACGUGCACCCGGGCGGCGACAACAUGGUGGUCGGGUCCUACGACAGGCGCCUGCUGUGGCACGACCUGGACCUGUCGACGCGCCCCUACAAGACCAUGCGGUUCCACCCCCAGGCCAUCAGGGCGGUCCGGUACCACCGCGGUGGCCUGCCGCUCUUCGCCGACGCGAGCGACGACGGCACCCUCCAGAUCUUCCACGGCAGAGUCGUCAGCGACCUCAUGGAGAACGCCACCAUCGUGCCGCUCAAGACGCUGCGUGGCCACCGCGUCGUCGACUCGCUCGGCGUUAUGGACGUCGAUUGGCACCCCACGGAGCCCUGGUGUAUAUCUGCCGGUGCCGACGGGACCGCGAGAUUGUGGAUGUAAUUGGUUCUGUGUACCUAACUACCCCCAUUUUCUCAGUCUUUGAUUCUAUCAUCUUCUUCGCCACCCCCCUGUGCUUUUUGUGCCCUCGCACAUAUCACGCCAUCGAUAGCGUGGCGCGUGGCUGUGCAAAUCCCAACUGCUCCUUCGCCAACCGAUAACGUGCUUGUACCUAGGAUAGGGGCUUCGGGUUCGGGGUUAAGCCGGUUCAGUAAUCAAAACAAGCGAAAUGGCACAUCUGGGGACUUGGAAUUUGAGCGCGGUUCAAUGAUAGUGUCCUCCAGUUCGCGCUCACACCCGACGCAAUAA